GCGGAGCCCGGGCCCGGGGCCUGAGCGCUGGACGUGGAUCGAGGCCUCGGUCUGCGCUGUGGGACCGGCCGGUGUCCGGGAGCCGCAGUCCGCGGCCUGAAGCUCUUCUCUCGGCAGCGACGCGGCGCUGGGUUUCCGCGAUGCACCGCAGGGGGGUCGGAGCCGGCGCCAUCGCCCGGAAGAAGCUCGCAGAGGCCAAGUAUAAGGAGAGAGGAACAGUGAUGGCUGAGGACCAGCUGGUUCAGAUGUCAAAGCAGUUAGAAAUGUUUAAGACACAUCUGGAAGAAUUUGCCAGCAAACACAAGCAGGAGAUUCGGAAAAGCUCACAGUUCCGAGUUCAGUUUCAAGACAUGUGUGCCACCAUUGGAGUGGACCCUCUUGCAUCUGGCAAAGGAUUCUGGUCGGAGAUGCUGGGUGUUGGAGACUUUUACUAUGAGCUGGGAGUGCAGAUUAUUGAAGUCUGUCUGGCUCUGAAACACAGAAACGGAGGUCUGAUCACACUGGACGAGCUGCAUCAGCGCGUGCUGAAAGGAAGAGGCAAGUUCGCUCAAGACGUCAGUCAGGACGAUCUCAUCCGGGCCAUCAAGAAGCUGAAAUCUUUGGGCAACGGAUUCACUAUUAUCCCAGUGGGAGGCAGGUACUUAGUGCAGUCUGUUCCUGCAGAAUUGAACAUGGAUCAUACGGUGGUGCUGCAGAUUGCCGAGAGGAAUGGAUAUGUACAGUCAGUGAAAUCAAAUCAAGCCCUGAAGUGGGAGACAGAACGUGCCAACCAGGUGCUGGUAGGACACUUGUUGAAGGAAGGCUUGUCAUGGAUUGACAAACAAGCUCCCGAGGAACCUCAGUACUGGUUGCCUGCUCUCUUCUCUGAUCUGUACGCCCGGGAUGUGACACCAGAAGAAGCUGAUGAAAGCUUGCCAUGAGGAAAAAAGAUCUUCAAACAGGAAACAGUCUGUAAUUUUGAUAGAUUCUGGUAUCAGUGCCAAGAUCUCAUUCUUAGAUUGCUAUGGGUGGCAACUUUGUAUUGCACAGUUUAGGAGAGAGAUUUCUUCCAGUCUUGCCUGAGUACAUGUCCAGGGCCAGUGAUAGGGUUUAAUUUUGAGGAUGCAGGGAGGUGGGGGAAGGGUGGAGGAAAUUGAUAACAUUGUAUAUCUUUUUUUUAAAAGUGCAUUGCUGAACUGCAGGUUGGCUGGUGUUGCUGGAGCUUGGAGUCAGAUACAGCAACUGAUCACCUUUAGGGAUAUUUAAUAAAGUCUAAUUGUAAAACUA